GUCAGAGAUGCGAUAGCAUACUCAUCGCUCUCGAUUUUCGCAUUGAUUUAGUACGGUUGGAGUUGCGAGAGCUUUUCGAUAUGCUCCGGCUCGGUCUUGCGCACACUGCAAGGAGCAAAACGAGAUCCGAUGGAUGAACAUCCCCAGGGUGCUCUACUCUAUGGGCACGUAGGAAGAGCUAUCUACCUCCCGGAGACACAAACCUGGACAUUUUCGCGCUCUUUCGCUGGGAAUAUUCCCAUCUCAUAUACCGGGGUGACGAAGACGACCGUACCGGCACCUACUCCUGCUUCUCAGACCCAAAACUCAUCGAAACCUGUUCGAACGGCAGAUCCGCAACUCAUUCCACAUGUUCUUCCCGAACUCGCCUCUCAAUGGUCAUCUCUUCAAGAUGACGCAUUUUCUAAAGUGGUUCUGACCGCAAGCAAUAUCUGCGACCCACAAGUAUCCUCUCUUCUUGAUCUAGGGUAUGCAACAUAUCAUGGCGCGGAAGACACAAGGGGUCGAGUGCCAGUCGCUAUCGCGGCAUCAGUAACGGGGGAGUGCGGCAAUACGAUCUCAUUUCGAGCCUUGACAGAUGAGACGGCUGAGCUACCAUUGGAUGGCUUUGCAUUGCGUGUGCCAUGCAUUGGCCAGACAGAAGUCACUGAAUGGUCCAAGCGGGGAGCCCCAAUUCAGCACAUUUGCUUCGCGCGGCCGCUGGAAGAGAAGAGUGUAUGGAUGGCUGCUCGCCUGCAAGAGGCCACCACCAUAUUCCGGCCUCUAUACCAUCGAGACUCGGUACCUAUGUACAUCCCAGACGAUGACCCGGCUGCAUUCACCCCGACCCUUCGAAAUUCCCGGCUUGAUGCGAAUCCCGUAGUGGACAUAUCGAACUCGCAUACCGGCGGGUUUCCACAUGCUGAUGUGACCUUUAAUCCAUGGUAUCCGCGACAGCUCGCUAUUGUCGAUAUCAGAGGUAACUGGAGCAUUUGGGAUAUAUCCGGUCGACAACGACGACGAAGAGCCAACUGGUCCGCUACAUGUUCGAAGAAAGGCACAUUGCCCGACACGAAUGAUAAACCUGAUUCCACUCGCCCACGGCAUGAUGGCUGGGCGUCUAUUGAAUGGGUCGCUGAUUAUUCAACCCUUCUGGUCGCCGAUCGACGUUCCCUUAUGUUGUACUGGCUAGCGGAGGGUGAGAAUGGAAGCAGUAUCGUUGAGCUUGGUAUGACGAGGCAGUCCGAGUGGAUUCUUGAUGUGCAACGAAGUUCUCAGAAUGUUUCUCACUUUUUUGUCUUGACCACAUCUCGGCUACUCUGGUUUGAUCUCACUACGGCAACAUCAAACGAAUAUGGUUCAAGAACGGCGCUACGGCCCCGCCUAGCCUGGCGUCAUUUCCGAGACUCUGAAGACUCAACACUACGUAUGAGUGAUUUGCUCAUUGAUGGAGACUUGCACAUGGUGCUAUAUUCCAAGCUUACUGAGCUUGUCCAGGUUUUCCCAUGUCCGUUCCUUGCAGACGAGCCGACAGAGUUAGUGCCUGUGCCAGAUCCUUUUCUGCUCGAUGUGCCAUCGGAACUCGGUGAUUCUUUGACCGAGAAAGGAAUGUCUGUUCACUACUCAACCUUGCUUUUCCGUGAAAUCGCCCACACUCCUGCGACUGUUGGUAAAUCGCAUUACAACCCUGAUAUGAAGCUCGCAAAGCUAUUCUGGAUCGACUCAUCGUUUGCUGUUCAUGAGAGCCUUUUCAGGCUUCCAGAUGGAAAGCCAGAGACCGAAGAUGAGAUGCACCUGGAGACUAGCAAGGUCCUACAACUGAAGAAGCGACACCAUGUCCCGAAGAAGAACAUAGACAAUGAUGAAAACUUCAUUGUGGAUGACUGGGACGAGACAGUCGCACGUCCCCUCGCGGCUGUUCGACAAAAGCUCUCCAGCGAAGAUGAUCUAGAUCUCCAGUGGACCUUGGACUUGACGUCUAUAUAUGCCUCUGCCGUGGCAAAAUUGGCAGUUGGCAGGAGCCCCGACAACAAUGGUCCGUUGGGAUCCACGUUUGACCAGCUCAUCCUCGAUCGGGAGACUGACCUGGUGGACACCUCGGAGGGCUGGAUGGUAACUGAAACCAUGCUUGAGUUGAACCAUGGCCGACCCGUACUAGAGGAUAUUGAUGACACUGCCCUUCAUCUGACACGUCUAGUCUCUACCAUCAUACCCGAGACUCCCAAUGAACAGGCUCCUUAUCGAUACAUGAUCCUGCCGCAAAGAUUCUCAGAUGUCUUGCAUGGCAUGCCAUUGAUUUCCUCAGAUGAGCCGCCACCGUUGGAUUUCGUGAGAACUUAUGACCAGCUGGUGGAACAAUGGGUGACCAGCGUCUCGCACGACAUCCCUCGAUUUACAUGUGUCAUGAAAGAGAGAGUCGUCCGUGGGAUUGCUCUUGAUCUACUUUUAUCAAGCCUCGUCCGGAUAUCCAAUCCACCAAGCUCCAAAGCUGCGCUACAACCAGUGGAAACCACAGACGAAGCCCACCCUGCGGAAGUGGAACAGAUGUCCUCACAGAAUCUCCCUAUGACAUUAUCAUCCUCACAACUGCCCAGCAGUCAAAUAACAGCCACCCAAGUAGAUAACUCCCAGGGAACAUCAGAAACGUCCUCGAAGGACACUACGAACCGUCCCUACAGUGGUCUAUCCGCAUUUACCACGUUCAAACAGCCUCGCCCUAUGGCCCGGAACGUGGCCAACCUGCUAUCUCACUGGAAACCAGGCGCGGAUCCAGCAGAAUACGAAUGGCAAAAGACUUCAAACAUGCUAGAGGAAGAAGAGGCGCGGCGCACAGGAGGCCCGAGUCUACCCCGAAGAAGAAGCCGGUCACGAAGGAGAUCGCAGCCGCCAACUUUGCCCGAGGCCACAUCCAUGCCUGGGACUCCCAUUGCACCCUCAAUCCGAACCUGGGGCAGUCAGCCUGCAGACGCACUACCCGCGUUCCCACUGCCCAGCAGCCAACCGACUCUGGAUGAACUACCGAUGACCCAGAUGGAGCGCGGAAUGUUUGGAGCACGUGAGGUGAGGACGAACCUGAAACCUAAGAAGAAGCGGCGGGCCGCGGGAUUUUAGAGGGUCAUAGCGGAAUGUGGUUAGAAAUCUAUGC